AUGGUUAUAGUACUCGGUGAACCGAGUAAGUUCAGGAGUAUCCUCGAUACGGCGUUGUGUGAUGCUGGCAAAGCGCUGGAAGCAUUACGACACAUGGAGAAGAUAUGCAGCAGAAGAGGCACCUAUAUCAAGCACGAGCAGCUCGAUGUUGAGAAAGUAGGUUCUAUUGGGAAAAUCCGACUCGAGGUGCGUGGACUGUAG